AUGGCCUCGUCAAGGCGGGACCAGAACAACCGGAUCAAAGUAUCCGUUCGCCUUCGUCCGUUUACGCGGACGGAAAAGUUGAAAGCCGGUGGGAAAGCCGCGUGGACGUGGCAUGAAAACACACUGUAUCAGCAGAUUUUUCCGGCACAGAUACCUUCACGAAGUGAUCCAAACGAAGACGAUGACAAGGUGAAGAAAAUGAAGAGCAGGAGUGGGAAACCCACGACGUCGUCGAGUUCUUCGAGUCGACGGGACGCGGGGUUAGCGUUACCAUCGUCGUACUCGUUUGACUAUUUAUACCCUCCAGCGACGCAGACUCAAACGGUUUAUCAAGAGACUGUCAAGGAUGCUAUCAUGGCAGCAAUGGAAGGCUAUCACUCGUCCGUGUUUCUCUAUGGACAAACAGGCACGGGCAAGACGUAUACUAUGCAGGGUGGUCGAGGGGACCCUGGAAUUAUUCAGUUGGCGGUCCAGGAUAUUUUUGAUAACAUCGCACGGCAUUCGGGCAUGGAGUUCCUGCUGCGUUUUUCCUACUUGGAGAUUUACAACGAACGGAUUCAUGAUUUGCUCGCAGCAGGAGCAAAGUCGGAUAUCAAGAUUUAUGAUGUACACCAUCGAGGCGCUGCCAUGAGUACAAAUACUCGCGACGGGUUUGUCACCAAAGACGUCGUUAUCAAAGGAUUGCGCGAGGAGAUUGUGCUGUCUACCGAGCAUGUGCUCUCGCUCGUUGAGUUGGGCAACUUGCACCGUCACAUGGCUACAACCGAGUCGAAUGAUCAAUCAUCCAGGUCCCACGUGGUAUUCCGAAUGGUUAUAGAGAGUCAAGAUAAGCGGAGCAGUCGAGACUGCAAUGAGGUGGCUUCUGUGCGAUCAGCGACCUUGAACAUUGUCGAUCUUGCUGGCUCUGAGAGCGUCCGACUUGCGAAUACUACUGGGCAAGCUCUUGAGGAAGGCAAGUUCAUUAAUCGCAGCUUACUCACGCUCGGACACAUUAUCUGGAAGCUCAGUCGCGACCGUCAUAGGACAGAAGCUGGAGGUUCUAGAACACUCAACACGUUGCAUCUGCCGUAUCGCAAUUCCAAGCUUACUCGAAUUUUACAGCCUUCAUUGGGUGGUCAAGCCCAAAUUGCUAUUGUUUGCACGGCAUCACCAUCCGUUGAGUGCUUAGCAGAGACGCACAAUACACUGAAGUUUGCAAGUCGUGCACGAAGAGUGCGUAAUCGAGUCGUCAUCAACGAUGGAUUGGGCGAGUCAGCAUUGCUGCGGAAGUACCGAGCUCGUAUUCGAGAGCUUGAAGAUCAACUCGAUCGUUUACAAAUGAGUAGUCGACGGCCUGCUCAAACGAGCAGCUCCAGUCAACUGAAGCUGAGUGAACGGCAGAUGGAGCUCACAUUUGCGAUCAAUAACAUCAACAAGGUGAUACUAAACUCUUCGCCAACGCAAGCGAGACCUGACGACGAGGAACUGGCAUCCGUGGACGAAGAUCCACCUCCUUCAAUGGCUUCACUUCAAACCACAACGGUGCCAAGCGAGGUGCCUCGACGAGGUGACUCAACUGCACGCUAUUUGCAGGAGAAACCAACACCAAGACAGAUUGCAGCCAGGCGACAAGUAGAGGUGGAAGUUCAGGCUUCUCCGAUGCAAUCGAGGAUAGCAACUCGACCAUUACGCCGCCAAACACAUGUGCGCAGUACUGAAGACGAGAACGUGAAUUGGUUUGAGUCCGAGACAAAAGAUGGAGAAGUCGAAGAGGUCAAGGAAGAAGAUCAUGCACGUCGUCGACUCGUUCGUGCUGGAGAUUCUGCAAACACAUCCAGCAAGACAUUGAUCAGUGGUGGCAGUGCAAGCACUAAGACUCUACCGCUCUCGACUUCGUCUUCUCGGUAUCUUACGGACAAUGACGAUGAAAUCAUCGAAACCAAAGAAAAUGACCACAAUGAUGAAGAAAACGAAGCUGAAGACGAAGAGAAUGCCCGACAUGGUGUAAUCACUCAUUCAGCUGAUGUGGAUCAACCAUCAUUAAUUGCGCCAAGCUCAACGUUUCCAGCGACAGCGACAGGUCUGACCAGAAGUACCCGCCCCUCACUCACGUCACUGCUUAAGACCAAGUAUUUACGUGAGAUAUCGGACAUGACUCGUCGUACAGGAAGGUGGCAAUGCACGGAUGAAGAUACUUUGAAUCAGCAAAUGGAGUUGCUGCAUGAAUUCGUACGCGGCCUGGAAAUUGCGCAGGCAGAACAAGAGACCCGCAUGAGCAAAAUUCGGGAGCUGGAGCUGGAAAAUCAACGGUUGCGGCAGACUAUGGCUUCCCGCAAGGACGGACUUGCUCAGGCAAAAACAUCGGAUACUACGUCAUAG